CCCAAUCAAAUAGCUCCCUCGCCAGGUCUCCCCGGCAUCCGCGUUUUGCAUCUUUGCCUCACAUUUCCCGUGCCAGCGACUCCGUGCAGUGGGCGCAACCUCCACGACUCUCCAUCACCAAACCAACAUCUUCUUUUUCGGAGACUACAACCGACGGGGAGGGGGCGGAAAGAAGAAGGAAUUGUCAACAAUGUUGCCCAAACUGCACGAUUGGAUGAUUUGAGGACAUUUCCGCAUCAAUGUUUUAAUCCUCACACACGUGUGUGUUGUGGGUAAAUAAGAAAGCGUCGUGUGUGUUGUUUUAUUUUUUAUUUUUUUCCCUUCUUCUUGUUCCCUCCUUUUGUUUACUGAAGACGACGUUUCCCCCCCACGCUUCCGGCGAGGAGCUUCACGUUUCGUGCGCCUUGGUUUUUGCUCAAAGACGCAUCUGGAAAUGUCGGAAGUGUUGCCUUUCAACGAAGAGAAAAUGAGUCGUUAUGGAAAUGAGGGCGACGAGGGACACCUUUCCUUCACCUGUCGCCUUCAAGACACCAACAACUUCUUCAAUGGCUCGCAGAAUAAACGUCCGCCCAAACUGGGACAAAUAGGCCGGAGCAAACGGGUUGUGAUUGAGGAUGAGGCUGGAAAUGACGUUGCACUGAAAAACGAAACAGAGAAGACCCCGGCGGACGCUUAGAAAAACAGACACUCUUGAUUUAUUUUAUUUUUUUUAAAUGAUGAUAUUUACCAGUUUCAAUCCAAAGACAUUGUAUAUAAGCACUUUGUUUCAUGUGGCAGCAAGCAGCACUUCCACACACCCUCCUCUCCAAGGCAGUCAUGGCCAUCUGGGUGACGCACACACACCGGCAGCGAAAGAGACUCCCAGGUGGACCCCCCACCAGCACACACACCCUACAGGAAGGGGUUUUGCCAUAAAUCGAAUAGCUGGAGAAGGAUGGAGGGGUGGGGGUUCAGAUGGGUGAAGGAGUCAAAUCAGGGAGAGGAUCCAGAAAUUAAUAUUAAAUCGAAACUAAAGCACACAUUUCUGCUGUAACUGUCUAAAUUAUAUAUAUAUAUA